GCCAAGCCAGUUUCUCACAAGCUGACCUCAAAGCAAGAGCUGAAAAGCACGCGAGCUCACACACAGAGACUAUUAUCUCGAGGCUCCGGAUACGUCGUCUUCAUCAGGCAGCAUGGACACGACGCUGGCAGGGCUCGUGCGCGAUAAGCCGGUGGUGAUAUUCAGCAGGAGCUCGUGCUGCAUGAGCCACACCGUGAAGUCGCUGAUACUGAGCUACGGUGCGAACCCGACGGUGUACGAGCUUGACCAGAUGCCGAACAAAAACCAGAUCGAGCGCGCGCUGGUCCAGCUCGGGCGGCGUGAGGUCGUCCCCACUGUGUUCAUCGGCCAGAAGUACAUCGGGGGCGCGAACGAGCUCAUGAGCCACCAGGUGCGGGGGACUCUGGUCCCUCUUCUCCGAGAGGCCAGAGCCAUUUGGGUAUAGAGAUUAACGUACUUUCAUCUUUCUUCAGUUUUUCCCUUAGAACAACGAUAAUACGUCUAACAUACACGAGUCAGAUUGUGUUACGAAUAUGAAAAGGCGGACUUUUUGGUAGCUGCGCUCUCUAACCCUAAUGGCGGCACGCUAUGGAAGAUGACAGCCUUCUUCUCUGGUCUUUUUUCCCCUUGCUUUUUGAGGUCUUUUUAUGUAUGGGAAGUCCCUGUAUUGUUCGAAGUUAGGUUUUGAGGUGAUGAGGAAGAACAGCGAUGGCAAAAUUCAAAUGUGUAAGCGCCCCAUUUUCAAGUCAAUGAAGUAAAGCUUCUGAGCAUAGAAUUGCACUGUAUCGCUCUGUA